AUGGUUCAAUUCAAUUUCCAAGCGCCGUGGGUACCAAUCCUCAACAAUUGUGUUAGCAAUGAAUUAGCAGCAACUGAUAAUAAUCCACCAUUUACCACGUUUCAAUUGGCAACUAUAGAUUCCAAAACGGGAUACCCUCAGAAUAGGACAUUGAUAUACCGCGGUUGGCUUUUCAACAAUAAGUCGUCCAAUGUCAUUACAUUCACCACCGACAAGAGGAUGGAAAAGUAUCAAGAGCUAUUGGACAGUGACAAAGUUGAAGCUGUGUUUUGGUUUGGUCAUAUUCGAAAACAAAUUCGAUUUAGGGGCAAAGUUAGAUUGCUUGACUCUGAGCAUCAGCCAAGUAUUGAUUUGAACCAUAUCACGAGUGGUGAAGUAACUCCGAUUGAGCUUGACUCUAAUGAAGAUGAUUCCAGAGCUCGUGUACAGAAACAACCAGUCCAGACAUCCUUAAUAUCACCAUCGUUUGUUGAGAACGACAAUACGCAAGAAGAUUUGUCGACGUAUCAAUACGCGCCUCCGACCAGAGAAGAAUGGCAACAAGAAUUGGACAGGCAGUGGAAUGGAUUGUCUAAAGCAUUAAAGACUUCUUUUAGGAAACCAGAUCCGAAAUCACCCAUGACAGAAGAUAAGGCCAAAUUGAUUAGUAAGAUACAGAGAGGGGUCGAUGGGAAAAAGGAGGAGGAUGGGUAUAAGAAUUUUGCAGUAGGGACAAUAUUUGUUAAUUAUGUUGACUACUAUGAGCAAGAUAAAGAUAAGAGGUUUGUGUAUGAGUUGGAUGAAGAGAGUCACACUUGGACCGAGGAAGAAGUGUGUCCAUAG